GUUGGUUUCGUUUGGUUCUAACGGCCCCUCUACUCCUCAGUCCACUCGCACUUUACCUGCUUUACGCUGCUCUACAUCUCUCAUUCAUUCUCACUUUUUUCAAUCCACAAACCCUAACCCGCAAACAUUCAUUUCUGAACCGAAACACAGAAAUCAAUCAGCCGAUUCUGGAUUUCCUCAUUUCGUCGAGAACAACAAGAAAGUGCUUUUGUGAGAGAAUUGAUGUAUGAGUAACAUAUUACAUAGUAAAGAGCUAUCUGAAGAUGUGAAGCUCUUGAUUCUGUUAACCUUGGAGCAGCAGAGCAUACUGGCUGGUGCAGUUUGAUGUAGUAUGCUGCUUUUCUUCUGUACGUUUAUGUUCGUGAUCUGCAACUAUAUUAUUCAAUACUCUGGCAACUCACAAAAUGAAAUCAAGAGCCAAUGGGACAUCUAGAGCCCAGAAGUCUAAAGCUUUACAGGGUGAGGGGCCAAACUGGGUCCUAAUUGCGGGUGGUGCUUUACUGAGUACCUUGUCAGUUCGCUUGGGCUACAAGCUCAAGCAGGUGCUUGAUGCAAAACAACAGAACACUACCGGCAACACUUCAAAAGAAAAUAAUAAACCUGCUGAGAGAAAGAAAGCUAGGAAUUGCCAUUUACAGUCAAGUUCAUACUGUUUCAACCAAGAUGAUGAAAACUGCUAUAAUUUCCUUUCAGGAACUAGAGACGUGAUGGAUAUGAAACAGCAGUGCAAUGGCCAAGUACUAACAGAAAGUGAAACAGAACUUCCUCUCGUGACUGUCCCUUCGCUUGAAUUCAGCAGAGAAAACGGUGGGGCAUGGUCAUCCUCCGUAGAUCGUCUUGAGCUGCCGCAGAAGCCAUUGCACCUCUCAAAUGGCUCUGAGUCACCGUGUGUCUCCGAAUCUGGUUCUGACAUUUUCAGCAAGCGAGAAGUAAUACAAAAGCUGAGACAACAGGUGAAGAGAAGGGAUGAAAUGAUACUAGAGAUGCAGGAGCAGAUUGUAGAAUUGCAGAGUUCAUUGAAUGCUCAGCUUUCUCAUUCCUCCCAUCUACAGUCUUUGCUGGAUGUUGCGAACAGGGAUCUUUUUGAUUCAGAGAGAGAAAUUCAAAGGCUGAGGAAGGUAAUUGCAGAUCAUUGUGUCGGGCAGGUGGAUUCCUGCGAGAAGAUCCCAACUGUACCCUCUUUAUGGGGAAGUGAAGGAAGGAAUGGUUAUGCAAAUGGUCAUUUUGAAGCAGAGAGACAUUUGAAAUCUUCAGAAAAGGGGAGAGGAGACGGGGAAAGGAUAGAAAUGCUGAGGCGUGAAGUGGCUGAACUGAAGGAAGUGAUCGAUGGGAAAGAAUACCUGCUGCAAAGCUACAAGGAGCAAAAGGCAGAGCUCUCAACACAGGUUAAGGAGUUGCAGCAGAGACUGGAUUCUCAGCUCCCAAAUAUUUUGUAGGCUGAGUUUAAAAAGCAUGUGUAUUCUUGUUUGGUAGGCUUCCAUCCCUACCUCUACCUCUACCUCUACCUCUACCUCUACCUCUGUCAAAUUCCAUAGUAUGGCAAAGGGUAAAUUCAUCUUAUUGGUUCAGUUUUAUAAUUUUCCUACUCCCUUUUUGUUUGGUGUGGAACUGUGAAUAUGUCUGAGGAAAAAAAAACAAAAGAGUUAUUUGGCAAAACAAACUAUAGUAUGAAAAGAUUAGGCUUGAUGAGUCAAAUUUGUUGUA